AUGGAGGACGACGAAGGAAAUGGAGAUGGUCAGGUACAUGUUCAUUCCUCUGCAACAAUGGAGAAAGACGACGCAGAUGGAGCAAAUUUGGUCAAUGUUCCUGUAACGACAACAACGAUUAAUCAAGACGAAGCAACUCAAGAGUGGAGCAUUCCGGUUACUCAUCUCAGUGAAGAAGAGGCAGAAAGAUUGGUUGCGGUUCUUGUCCAGAAUGAAGAUGAAGAGGAGGAGUAUUGGGAGUAUGAACUAGGAGAAAAGCCGAGCAAAGCCAACAAAAAAGAGAAAGAAUCUGAGAAUGAUGCAAUUGUGGCUGAAUUUGAGGAUGAGGAGGUCAUUAGGAGGUCUGGGUUUGAUUUCAAAGAAGCUAUCUUGGAUUAUGCUCUUACGAAAGGUCGAAACAUUGAACAGAGCAGGUGGGAUAAGACGAAGCUUAGCUUCAAGUGUGGGAUUAGAGGUAAAUGCAAAUGGAGGGUUUACUGUGCCUUUGAUGUGCCUACUCAUAAGUGGUUAGUGAAAACAAGGUACAAAUAUCAUAGUUGUACACCCAAUGGGAAAUGUAAACUCUUGCGAAGCCCGGUUAUAGCUAGGUUGUUUCUGGAUAAACUGAGAGAAGACAGUGGGUUAAUGCCUGAGAAGAUUCAAGAGCAGAUAAAGGAGACCUGGAAACUCAUAUCAUCACGGAAUCAAUGUCAACGAGGAAGAACAGUGGCGCUAAAAUGGCUGGAGAAAGAGUAUGCAGACCAGUUUGCUCACCUACGAGGUUAUGUGAGAGAGACUGAGAAGACCAAUCCGGGUUCGAGCGUGGUACUUGAUACUAUAAGUAAUGCAACCAAAAAAGAUGUAUUUGAUCGGUUCUAUGUAUGCUUUGAGAAGCUUAGGAGCUCGUGCAGAGGAACAUGUAGGCCAAUAAUAGGGCUCGAUGGAACUUUUUUGAAGGUUGCAGUCAAUGGAAUAUUGCUCAUUGCUGUAGGACACGAUGCUAACAACCAGAUAUUUCCUUUUGCUUGGGCUGUGGUACAAGCUGAAUCUACGGAUACAUGGCUUUGGUUUAUCAAGAGACUGAAGCAUGAUUUGUCUCUUGGAGAUGACAGCAAAUAUGUUCUUCUAUCUGAUAGCUCAAAGGGACUUAUAAGCGCAAUCAAAUCAGAGUUAUCAAACGCAAAUACAUAUUGA